AUGGCCGCCUUUGAGCGAGACGAGGCCAAAUGUCUAUACUAUGCAGCAUUUGCCUCGCACCUGCACCGGCAGGCCUUUGAUUUUAUCUACUGGUUUCUCUUCAUCCUUGUUGUCUCCAUGCUCUUUUUGUCGUCAUGGAAAUACAGCGGUGAUAUGGAAAAGGUCUCAGACCUGGAGCCGGGAUGUCCAGAAUACAAGAAGAAGAUGAAACGGUGCUUCUAUGUCUGCGCGCUCUAUUCUAGUAUCUCGGUUGUUGCCGUUGUGAUGGAGGUAUAUGCCCUGUUGGCCUUGCAAUUUUGCGAUGGAGAGGACCUCAUGUCGCUAUAUUGGUCAACAUGGACCAUGUUGCAAGUUGGGUCACUGAUUGCCAUCUUUGGUAUCCUCCUUGCGGUCUACAACAGCGUUCGCGCUAGGAAGAACCCCCCUUGGGCGUUGGCAUUGGGUACUCCUGUACUUGUCGUUGCCGGCAUCGGUCACGCGCUUCACAGCUCGGUACGCAGGCGGGCUGAAAGGAUGCGGUCUAGGAGCCGGAGCAGGGCUCGCCAUCGUGCCGUGUCAAACUGCAGCUCCAGUCGCAUGGAACUGAAUGGUGUGCCAAUCAGCAGAGAACAAACACUCUUUGGCGAGGAGAGCGAGAAGGAAGACGGCGAAAUCCCAGGAAAGCUCGUCGGAUACACCCCGGACGGAUCCCCGAUUAUCAGAUUCACGGAAGACCCGGGGAGGAUCGGGGCAGAUCGGGGCGAGGUCAUCUGCAGAGGCGAGGGCGGCCACGUCAUUGUCGCUUUCCGGAAGGGGAUGACGACGAUCAUCAACGGCGCAAUCUCGAGUCCGCCGCCGGCUGCCCUGCUACCCGUACCCAUGACCAGUCCCGGGCCGAGUUAUUCUUCUGCCGGUCUUACAGUACAGCCCCGAUCGCCGGUCGUCAAGAUAGAAUUGCCAACCACUGGGAGGACGACGCCGACGCCAGAGCCUCGUGCGACACCACCGACGGUGCUGCCGAGGGAUUCCCCUGUAUGACAUUGCACAAGUUUUACUUUAUUGGCUUGGGAUCACAGGGAAAAGUGAUUGGCUUUUCUUUCUUUUGGACAACGCGCCGGUGCGCUGGUUAGGAGGAUAAAAUUGGAAACGGAUUGGGCUUGGAAUUUUUUAGCGUUGUGGUUGGGUUUGCGGGAGAUUGAGAGAGUCAGUUUUUUCUUUCCUUCAUGGAUGGCCUAGGAAACAAAUGGGAAUCGGCUAUCGGGUACACAAGCGCGCGGAACAUUGCAUCUUUUUUGUUAUCAUCGUUUUGGAAAGAGCGAGUUUGGUUGUAUGUGUGUUUUACAUUUCAUCAUUUGGGAGAUUUGGAAAUUCCUCGCAUAGUUUUUUGUCUCUGAUACAUGUGUCUUUUUAUCUCUGUCUCUCACUUUGGAUUGGGAAGGUGAAACUGGUAGGGUAUCCGGUUGGGAGUUGAAAGUUUGAGUCACACAUGACUGCGUUAUCUACAUUUUGUCUUACUACUGUGGUCUGUGUCUUUUU